GAGGGAAGACUAGAGGAAUGUGUUGGAGAUUUCAGGGAGAGUUCAGCUGGGAACGUGAUAUCUGCCAAAAGAAGAGAAACAGAAGAACUGAUACGCACAAUAAACACAUGAAAACAUGCCUCAUUUCACUGUGGUACCAGUGCAGGAUAACUCACCGUCCAACUAUGACAGCCUGGAAGGAAUAAACUGGGUUGAUUAUCGGGACACAGGACAGGGAGGAUACCCUGGACAUGGAGACACAGUUAGCUCAGAUGGUCAUGGUAAUCAUAAAGAAGACAGUCCCUUCCUCAGCAGUUCAGACUCUGCAUCAAAGAGGAAUGACUUCUACGACAAAAACCUGGCCCUGUUUGAGGAAGAACUGGACAUCCGGCCGAAGGUCUCGUCUCUCCUCAGCCGCCUGGUCAAUUAUACAAACGUCACUCAGGGAGCCAAAGAACAUGAAGAGGCAGAAAGUGCAGACGCGUCCAGAAGACAAGCACCCAAGUCUCCAAAUAUGGGCACGCUGAUGGGAGUUUACCUGCCGUGUCUGCAGAACAUAUUUGGUGUGAUUCUGUUCCUGCGUCUCACCUGGAUAGUAGGAACAGCAGGUGUCGUCCAGUCCUUCCUCAUUGUUCUCAUGUGCUGUUCCUGCACAAUGUUGACCGCAAUCUCGAUGAGUGCCAUAGCCACCAAUGGUGUAGUUCCAGCUGGUGGGGCUUAUUUUAUGAUCUCUCGCUCUCUGGGCCCUGAGUUUGGUGGUGCGGUUGGUCUCUGUUUUUAUUUAGGCACAACCUUCGCUGCUGCCAUGUACAUAUUGGGAGCAAUUGAAAUAUUUCUGAAAUAUCUGAUUCCUCAGGCUGCCAUAUUCCAUCCAGCAGAUAUUCACGCAGGAAAUGGCGCAAUGCUUAAUAACAUGCGGGUUUAUGGCACAAUAUGUUUAAGCCUCAUGGCUGUGGUUGUUUUUGUGGGGGUCAAAUAUGUCAACAAAUUAGCCUCGCUGUUCCUAGCCUGUGUCAUAAUCUCCAUUGUUUCUAUCUACGCUGGAGCAGUCAAGUCCAUCUUCCACCCUCCUGAGUUUCCGAUCUGCAUGUUAGGAAACCGGACAUUGGUUCGUGAUUUGUUUGAUGUUUGUGAGAAGACGGUAGUUGUCGGUAAUGAAACAGUCCCCAGCAAGUUGUGGAAGAACUUCUGCAGCUCUGAAAACAUCAGCAGUGCUCACUGCGAUGAGUACUUUUUCCACAACAAUGUUACAGAGAUUAAGGGAAUUCCUGGGCUGGCCAGUGGCAUCAUUAAAGAAAACAUGUGGGGGGAUUACAUGGAGAAAGGGCAGAUUUUAGAGAAGGCAAAACUACCCUCUGUUGAUGUCCACGGUUCCAUGGAGACCUUUGGCUUCUACGUGUCUGCUGACAUCGCAACAUCCUUCACCCUUUUAGUGGGGAUAUUUUUUCCUUCUGCCACAGGAAUUAUGGCAGGAUCGAACAGAUCUGGAGAUCUAAGAGAUGCACAGAAGUCUAUACCAAUUGGGACAAUUCUGGCCAUAACAACGACCUCUCUCGUCUAUUUUAGCUCUGUGGUUCUGUUCGGGGCCUGUAUUGAGGGUGUGGUGCUCAGAGAUAAAUUUGGAGAUGCAGUGAGUAAAAACCUGGUGGUUGGCACACUGUCCUGGCCCUCACCUUGGGUCAUUGUGAUUGGUUCCUUCUUCUCCACUGUGGGAGCAGGUCUUCAGUCCCUGACCGGAGCUCCUCGUCUACUGCAAGCCAUCGCUAAAGAUAACAUCAUUCCUUUUCUAAGAGUCUUUGGACAUGGUAAAGCUAACGGAGAACCUACAUGGGCUCUGCUGCUGACGGGACUCAUAGCAGAGCUUGGCAUCCUCAUUGCAUCACUGGAUAUGGUCGCUCCUAUUCUCUCCAUGUUUUUCCUGAUGUGUUAUCUAUUUGUAAACUUGGCAUGUGCAGUACAAACACUAUUAAGGACACCAAACUGGAGACCACGGUUCAGAUAUUACCAUUGGGCUCUGUCUUUCCUUGGAAUGAGUAUGUGUUUAGCCCUUAUGUUCAUUUCCUCUUGGUACUAUGCCAUUGUAGCAAUGGGCAUUGCCGGAAUGAUCUACAAGUACAUUGAGUAUCAGGGAGCAGAGAAGGAAUGGGGUGAUGGAAUCCGUGGUUUGUCUUUGAGCGCCGCCCGUUACUCUCUGCUUCGCCUGGAGGCUGGACCACCCCACACCAAAAACUGGAGGCCUCAGCUGCUGGUUCUGCUGAAAUUGGAUGAGGAUCUGCAUGUAAAAUAUCCCAGAAUGCUGACCUUUGCCUCACAGCUGAAGGCAGGUAAAGGCCUCACCAUUGUAGGAUCUGUGAUUCAGGGAAACUUCCUGGAAUGCUAUGGGGAAACACAAGCCUCAGAACAGGCGAUCAAGAACAUGAUGGAGAUCGAGCGGGUGAAGGGCUUCUGUCAGGUGGUGGUUGCCUCUAAAGUCAGAGAAGGGAUUGCGCACCUCAUCCAGUCCUGUGGUCUGGGAGGCAUGAAGCACAAUACGGUUGUUAUGGGCUGGCCAUAUGGCUGGAGACAGAGUGAAGACCCACGGGCUUGGAAAACCUUUAUUAAUACAGUCCGCUGUACCACAGCUGCACACCUGGCUCUGAUGGUACCAAAGAAUGUGUCAUUCUAUCCCAGCAAUCACGAGCGCUUCACUGAUGGAUAUAUUGAUGUCUGGUGGAUUGUGCAUGACGGUGGAAUGCUCAUGCUUUUGCCUUUCCUUCUCAAACAACACAAGGUGUGGCGUAAAUGUAAGAUGCGAAUCUUCACUGUGGCUCAAAUGGAUGAUAACAGUAUUCAGAUGAAGAAGGAUCUGGCAACCUUCCUGUACCAGCUCAGAUUAGAAGCAGAAGUGGAAGUUGUUGAGAUGCACGACAGCGACAUCUCAGCAUAUACGUAUGAGCGGACACUGAUGAUGGAGCAGAGGUCACAGAUGCUGAAACAAAUGAGGCUCUCCAGUGCAGAGAGAGACAGAGAGGCCCAGCUAGUGAAGGACAGACACUCACUGAUAAGGAUGGGCAGUUUAUACUCGGACGAAGAAGAGGAAACCAUUGAGGUAUUACCAGAGAAAAACCAGAUGACCUGGACUAGUGAAAAGAUAGAAGCAGAGAGACGUAACCGAAACAACGCACCAGAAAACUUCAGAGAGCUAAUAAGCAUUAAACCUGACCAGUCUAAUGUCCGGCGGAUGCACACAGCUGUCAAGCUGAAUGAGGUUAUUGUCAACAAAUCCCAUGAUGCCAGACUUGUGCUGCUAAAUAUGCCAGGACCUCCACGCAACCAAGAGGGAGAUGAAAACUAUAUGGAGUUUCUCGAGGUCUUGACUGAGGGUCUAGAACGAGUGCUGCUUGUAAGAGGUGGAGGUCGUGAGGUCAUCACCAUCUACUCUUGAAAGGCCAAAGGUCAACACUUGAACCACUCUUACUGCGUGUUGUUGCCGUAAACCAUAGUGGAAAGCGGUAUCUAAAAAAAUUGCAAACUAUCCCAGCCUAAAUUGUAAGGAUAUUUUUUUAUUUAAACUGAAGUGCACUAUUUGAUACAAGAAAUACACUCUAAAUCCUUCACUGGCAUGUUUGAGCUGUGUAAGAUUAUGAACUUACCAACGCACAUCAUAACAAUGGGAAUCACAUUGGAAUUUAGACUAUGUUUACAACACAAAAUAACUGAGGAUUCCAGCAACAACAAGUCUUACGUUAAACGAUGUGGACAAAAUCCCCUUUUUGCUGCCAGUGGUGAACAGAUACCACCUGAAGAAAAACCAUAUCCUUGUAAUAUAUACAAUUACAUGCACAUCAAUUUCUGUAUAGUAAGAUUAAAUUAAAAGAGCACACAUAAUUAUAAUGACUUCUGAAAGCCAAGUAACAAUCUAAUGCUUUCUGAUCAAAUCUAAGACUGCAAUUCUGGACGCAAACUAGUAUUUCCAUUUGAGUCCUUGUGUUUUUAUUUAUUUUGUCUUCAUUAUUUAUUUGUAGUAUCUCCCCCAUUGUAUUUAAAGUAAGCUUUAGAAAAGAACCAAAGGAGCUAGAAUGGGAUGGAUAUUUGGAUAUGAAUAGUUUGUUUUUGGCAGCGUUUAUCAGUUAUUACUGCAUUGUAUCACUUUUAUAAGAUAUAAGAGAUUAUUUGUAAAUGAACAAAUCAUUUUCAACGUUUUUAAUUCUAGACAACACAACUCACAUUGAGAAGCAGACAUUUUGGAUAUAUAUAUACAUAUAGUCUUUAUUCUUUUUCUAGGGUAUGAUUACUGUACAGAAAAUAUACAUUUGUUAUACAAAUAGAAAAAUAUACAGAAGGAUAUACUGACUAACAACAUUUAUAUCUGUAAUAUAAAGGAAGUUAUCUGUUAAUGGUUGUAUUACAUCUGUACAGAGUUACAUGUUGAAGAGGAAGAUUAAACACUUAAUAUGACAUGCAAUUUUUUUCAAUCAUUCAUUCAUUAGUUUUCCUUCUUAGGCUUAGUCUCUAUCUUAGAGGUCACCACAGCGGAAUGAACCGCCAACUAUUCCGGCAUAUGUUUCACACAGCGGAUGCCCUUCCAGCGGCAACCCAUACUAGGAAACACCUGUACACACUCAUACAGUAUGGCCAAUUUAGUUUAUUCAAUUCAUCUAUGGUGUAUGUCUAUGGACUGUGGGGGCAAACCGGAGCACCAGGAGGAAACCCAUGCAAACAUGGGGAGAACAUGCAAACUCCACACAGAAAUGCCAACUGGCCCAGCUAGGACUCGAACCAGCAAACUUCUUGCUGUGAGGCGACAGUGCUGGCCACUGAGCCACCGUGCUGC